AUGGACACUUGCCCGGGGCAGCUACAGAAACCAAGAGUCAAGCUGCUGCCCAAAGCACAGCUUGCUUGGAUCAACAACAGCACGAGUUUUCCGGAUUUCAAAGGCGCAGUUCUUGCCUUGCUAGUUAUGGCAGAAGCCCGGGGGGAGACGGCUGACUUGGCCCCUGAUGCAUUUGGAAAGAAGGAAGUUAACCAUGCCAAGCCAUUUGCACCAGAGAAAGCAAAAGAAAUUAUAAUGUCGUUACAACAACCUGUAAUUUUCUGUAAUAUGGUUUCCAAUUGGCCAGCCCGAAACUGGACGGCUAACCACCUUGCCGAGGUUCUUCGUGGCAGGCAUAUCCGGUUCAGGAUGGGGAUGAAGAGCACACACACAGAUCCUCAGUUUGAAACUACAUGUAGUUAUGUAGAAGCUACACUUGAAGAGUUUCUAACUUGGAACAGUGACCUGUCUAUUACCAGUGGACCAUUUAGAGAUUAUGAUCGUUCCAAAUUCUGGGCAUAUGCUGACUAUAAGUACUGUGCCAGUCUAUUUGAAGACAAGACAGAUAUUUUCCAGGAGGUGAUAUGGUCUGACUUUGGAUUUCCUGGAAGAAAUGGACGAGAAAGUACAUUGUGGAUUGGCUCCCUGGGGGCCCACACACCCUGUCAUCUGGAUUCUUAUGGUUGCAACUUAGUAUUCCAGGUACAAGGAAGGAAAAGGUGGCAUCUCUUUCCUCCUGAGGACACUCCUUUUCUUUAUCCAACUAGAAUCCCUUAUGAAGAAUCCAGUGUAUUUAGUAAAAUCAAUGUUGUGAAUCCUGAUUUAAAGCGUUUUCCUCAGUUUCAGAAAGCUCGAAGACAUUUGGUUGUUCUGCACCCAGGACAGGUUCUGCUUGUUCCCAGACACUGGUGGCAUUACGUUGAAUCCAUCGAUCCUGUGACCGUCAGUAUAAACUCAUGGAUUGAACUGGAUGAGGAUCAUCAAGCCCGGGUAGAGGAGGCGAUCACCCGCACAGUCGUUUGUGCCCUGAAAACUGCAGAGGAUCCACACAAUACCAGAGCUUGGCUAAACCCAACCGAGGUUGAGGAAAUAUCCCAUCAAGUUAAUUGUUGCUACUUAAAUGGAGCUGUUUCUGCCCUUUUGAAUCAUUAUACAUCGAAGGCAAAAGACAUUCAAACUCUGAGAACAAAUGAAGAGUCCAUGAGAAAGGAAGACUUAUCUGUGUACAAUCACAUGGAGGUGGAAAGAAUGAGCAGCCAGAACUUAACCUAUGAGGCAGUGAAAGAGGAAACAGAAAAUACCUUUGGUCCUGACUUGAUACCUGUACUCUGGAAUUCUGAAGACACUCUCUCAAGUCAUGGAGGCAUAUGUGUAAAUGAUGGUAAAGACUUUGUGGACCAGAAUGGAGUACACUGUAGAAAAAUACUUUGUACCAAUAGACAACAAAUAAGGAAACAGAAUGAGAAUGCAAAUAUGGAACAACCUGCUGCAAAGAGUACUGCAGCUCCUUCUCAGACAUUUAUUUCUACAGAUGACUUGCUGGACUGCCUGGUGCAUCCACAAGUAAUCAGGAUAGUGACACAACUUUUAAUAAAAGGAAGAGUUUUGUGAUGAUCAAAUGUAAAAACCUAAAGCUGGAGGGAUAUUACAAUGGGUAAGGA